UUCCACCAUUGCUGCAUUUGAGUAUUUCUUUAAUGAGUUUUGGACAUUCUUUAUCUAAACAUUUAUGUUCAAAAGGAGGAAGCCUCUUGCUUCUUGGUAGAAGUGUUUUCCUUUUCUCAUGCUACACCAUUGAAAAGUUACAAGCUGUCUGGAAGUGUUUAAAUUGCUAUUUCCUUUUUCUUAAUGAUAAAAUCUCAGAAGGUUAUUGCAACUAUGCAAACAAACCUAAGUGUUGAGUCCAAACCACUACCCAAUCAAUACCAACUGCAUCUAUUGUUAAAAGGGAAAAUCCAGGAUUUUCUACCUGUAGUAGAAAAAGGAACAAGGAAGAUCUAAGGUAAGCCAAGCUCAUAUUUUCUUCCCUAACUGCUUCUCUGCACCCCAGUUUCUCAGUGGAGACCCUGCAAAGUAUGGCAUUGCCAACACUUUCAACACUAUGUCAUGAGGAAUUCUACGGUUAUAAGUAAUGUUUCCCGUAAAACACAAAUUAAGCAUAGGAAAAUCAGGAGAUUAAUAUUUUCCAAUUAACCUUAAACGUGUCUCUAUACAAUAUUUUUAUAUUUUUUAUUAAUUUAUAUGAUAAAACGUAUGCUAACUGCUGACUUUUGGCAGCAGUUUCCACACAGAGAUGAGUGCUUUGGAUCUGGCCCCUUUGCGUGCCUCGGAUCUGGCCCCUUUGCGCGCCUCUUCCCAGCACCAGAGGAUAGUUUCUGCAUAUUUGCCUUUGGGUUUGAUACUUACUUUGUAUGCCUGGAUCUCCGAGGCACCUAGUUAUUAGAUGAAAGCAUUUUUUUAGUUGAAUGAAGCCCUAGGGGAUUAAUUUUGGAAAAGAUCAGAACACCUCUGGAGGGAGCUGUCUUGCUGACUCUCCUGAUGCAGUUUGAAUUACUGCACCAUCAUUAUUUCUGGAUGCACUUGCUCAUCCUUAACCAACUUCAGUCCUUCUCCUUUUUAUUAUAACUAUUUUUUUUUUUCCAAAUAUUGGGGUCAAAAACUCAUCUGAACAGAAACAAAUGCUGUAAUUUACAUCCACUGUAUUUUUUUCCCUUUUUAAAAAAUACUUAGCCCUACUGGUUACAAUUUUUUUUUUUUUUUUUUUCUGUAAAAUGUAUGUUAGAAAGCAAACACUUUUUUAAUCUUUAAAAAACAACAACAACAAAAAAAAUAGAUCUGAGAUUCGUCUGUUUGGAGCUUAUUUUUUGAAAAACACAAAAGGUACGUAGGCGGGGUCAAGCAGUAUUUGUGGUUUACCAUGUUUCACAUCAGAGUGAAGAGCUCAGCUAGCGCUGUUUUACUGGCACAACUGUUGAAGAGAGGUUUGCAUUUUCAUUUGAAUACAAGAGGACAGACAUGAUUCUUUCUACCUGUAAGUAAACUGGGCCUCAUAUUUUCAUCUUGCAGUUUUGUUUUGUGCAGCUGCAGUGUACUUGGCAAAUGAGCUAUUUAUUGCCAUAAAAAUACCAGCCAGUUUUCUUUUGUGCUGCUCAGGUGAUCUUUGCUGAGACUGCUUGUCUUGACUUUCAAAAUUGAUGCUUAAAUAUGAAUCCAUUGUAUGUUAGAUUCAGCAAAGCAAAUACUUUUACAUACAGACAGGGAGAGAUUCCAACAUGCUGUCCUUAAAAGCAUGUACAGCAUAGACAUGAAUAAUAAAAUGGGUAGAACUGGAACUAUCUUUCCUCCAGAGCAGAAUUAAAUCUUGGGAAAAAAAGAAAGCCUCAGCUUGCACAUGUGAAAAGAUGAAAGCUUGUCUUUCAAUGUAUUUUUAGAAGCGAACUAUCAUUUGGCUUCCUACUAGAUUAUUGAUUUUUUUAGUACUGUUGAAAACUGAUGGAUAUAGCAGAUCACAAGGCAUACUGUGUAUUACAGUAAAGAUUUGGGCUUGAUGGGUGAAGCUGAGUUUGUAGUGUUAACCUGCAGUUAACCUGCUGCCCCUGCUGCAAGAGCAAGAACUUUGUGCAAGUCUUAGACUUGGACUACAGCACUUUAGUAGUGCCUUAAGAAACAGAGAAUCAGAAAAAGAAACUCAAGCCAAGAAACCAUUAAAUAAUAAAUUUAUAACAUGCAAAUUAUAAAAAUUAACCUCUAAUUUGUUGCUUGUAUCUUUGGUACUACCCCAAGGCUGCAAAUUAGAGGGAGGUACAACGGAAUGUAGGAGGAAGAUUGCACGUCCAAAGGGGUGUGAAUGGUCCAUCUGUACAGACAGUGUCAUCAUGCCAAAGCAUGCUGCUGGGUGUUGUGGGACUUUCUCAGGACAGCUACUAGCAGUGAUGGACAGUCUCAAAGGACUGAUGUGUUUUCACUCUCUAUUCUCUGUUUUCAUGAGACUAUCUUUCAGCUUCUCAAGCAAACAGCUGUUCCUGACAGCUGUCCAUCUUCUUCUUCUUCCUUUAGCAUCCUAUCUGCUCCAUUAUGCACAGAUAAACUUGUUCUCUGAGUUGGUUCCCAAAAUAUCAGCUGCCAAUUUUUAGGCUAUUUGUGAGGUUAACUUCAACACCAGUUCCCUAGUAUUUCCACUUCAAUCCACAUGCUUAUCUUGCCAUGAUCUUUUCUUGUUUCAACACUCUGCAUGCUAAAAAGGUCUGAUUUUGGGCAUCAGAAUUCAAUAGGCUAUCAUGGCUCUGUGCUAGUGUUGGGAUUCCUAUUUGUAAACUUGUCACCAGGGAGAUAAUACAGCACUGUUUUAAAUACAAGUUUCUUCCUCCUAAUGUAGUCAUUUCCAGAAAGAAAAACACAUGAGCUGUGAAGUGGGCAACGUAUUUAUUUCUGCAUUAUUUGUAGAAUUGGCUGAACUUUGGCUGAGGUUGCAAGCUUUCAUGAGAAUUGGAAAAACCGAAGAAGAAAGAUUCAGCAAAGUCUAGAUUCAACAGCUCAAAUGCCCUCUGGUUUGAUUUCAACUUAGAUUUUAAGCUACUGACUUUAAUUGCUCCACGAUGAUUUACCCUGAGGAUCAAAGCCAAGUGUGUUUUGGUAGCUUAUGUUUUCAUAGAACUCAGGGAAAUAUGGGCUGAGAGGUCUAGCAGGACUUUAGAUCCUGGAGAAAUCUUCCUUCCCGUGGAUUUAAAAGAAGAAAAUUUGACCCCUUUUUCUGGAAGUUUUGGGAUAACUUUUGAUUAUGUAGGAAACAGAAGCGAGGCCUAAACAUAAUGAUAGGUCCAUAAGUACUUCAUUUUAACAGACUUCAAAAAUAAUUUGCUGUUAAAAAUUAUGGGAUAAUUCCUUAUGUUAGCCUGUAUUUCUUUCUGUCCUGUCCAAGCAGUCUGCCAUUCAUAAUAUGGUCUUACUGGUGUCUCUGUUAUCUUCAAAAUAUGGAAUCCAAAAUGUGAUUUCCUUGCUGAAGCACAACUCUCAUUGAUACCAUCACUGAUUCAUUCAUAAUUUAUGAACUUUUGAAUAUGGUUACAUAGGUAAUGGACCAGAGGGGUCAAGGCCUGCUAAUACGUAUGCGACACUAACAUUUUUUGACAAAUCCAGAAUGUUUUGCUUAAGAAAAGAUCCUUGGUCCAAGAUGGAAGGGAAUCAGGACCAUUCCAUUUAUUUCAGUGAGGGUGUAUCAGAAAGGAAAAUCAAGAAGAAAUAUUUAAAAGAAUGAAUAAUUUCUAAUAAUCUAUUUUCAAGUUCUUAUUUGCAUUUUAAAAUAUAGCAUUUUUUUACAUUAAAAUGUAGUAUUUUAAAAAUUAUUAUUUCAUAGUUUGUCUGAUUAGCUGUUGAAUAGAAGAAAGUAGAAAGGAAGGAAGAGCUGGAGUCAGGGCAGGGUGCGUGCAGCUGUGAGAAGCUUCAGGCAGGAAACGCCGCCUUCCUGCGCCACUGCAGAGUGUUGCUGCCACAACUGGGGGUGCAAACAUCUGCCCCGGCUGCUAGCAGAAGGUCAAGAUGCAAGACAGUUUCAUCAGAUUGUUCAUUCUGUGUAUCAAAGAUUCUACCAUUUGCCGUGUUGGCUGAGUCUUUCUAAAACAGCACCCCAGAGCAGCUUUGUGUCUUUCUGUAGUGAGUUAUGAACUCAAAAACCAUUCUUUUAAUGAAAAAGAGAAAAAGUGUUUUGCAAGAAGCUUAACUGUGACUAGGGAGGGUGUAAAAUGCAUAGGUCAAUAUAUAGGUCUUUGCCUGAGAUGCUGAAAUUCCAAUCCAUCAGGUCAAAACUUCUGACUUAAUUAAAUUUAACUAAAGCAGGACUUUCACUCCUCAGGACUGAAGGCCUUGAUAAUGCUUCCCAACACACCUGACAAAUUUCUAAGCAGAAGUUAACAGCUUGCACUGCUAUAAUUUAUGCUUCCAUUAAUUUUUAACAAGUUAAUUCCACAAGAGCUCUAGGAGUAAUGCAUGGACAAAAGAAUUUCAGAUGUGAUGAGGUUGCUAAGAAGAGAUGUGUAAAGGCAGGUUUGUUUUCAAAGAGGUGGAAGUGCUGCUCUUUAGGAUGAUAAAUAUCUGCUGGAUUGAUAGGCUAUGAUUUGGCACUUAAAAUAUUCCAAUAAGGGGAAUAACUAGGAGCAAACUUUGCAGAACUGUACGAAGUUUGAGCGGCUCCUCAGGACCCAGCAACUCAAUUCAACAUGGGCUUAUCUGGCCCAUGGUUUUAGUUUAAUCUGAGCCUUCAUUUUUCACCUGAAGAAUUUGGUCAUAUUUUGUGAUCUUUAAUUGGUUAGAUAUCCCAGUCUUGGAAAAAUCACUCACCAAAUGGAGAAUGUGUCCCAGGAAGCAUUGUAGUUAAAGCUUUAACCUAAACCUGUGGUUCUAUGGACAGGACAAGAGAUUAAAUACUUCAUAUCAUAGAUGCUUAGGCUGUUUUUAAAAAAACAUCACAUACAUUCAUUUAUUGCUAAUUGCUUUUAGUGCAAUAAAGGGAGAGUAAAACAGAAAAGCAUCCAUUAACAGAGCAGGUCUGAAAUUCACUGAAGCCAAAAAGGAUUCCUGAACUUACUGUAUAAAUUUGUUCAAAUCACUGGGCUCAUAAGAAAAGCAAAACGGAAAUUACACAUCUAUAAUUUGAUCUGAAGCCCUUGCUUUUGUGCUAACAGCCAAAUCUUUAAAAUAAUAUUAGUUCAUUCUUUUGUCACAUUGAAACUCUGCAGUUCUGCUUCUAAAUAUUUCUUGUAAAUGUUCUAUAAGGAAAGCAAGUUGUCUAAUUAGGAAUAAUACAUUUAAUUAGGCUGAAUGGUUUAAUCAGAAGUAGACAAGUUUUCAAAUGUCUUAUUCCUUUUUUUUUUGCACAUCACUAAAUACUUCAUAAGGAUCGAUAAAACUCUGUGACACUGCCCAAAGUAAACAAAACCCAAGAAUUUUUUCAGCCAUGGUGUUCAUUGUUUAUGAAACACAGAAGCUAUUAUAUAAAAAGACAGGGGAACCUAACACGAUCUAGGUAAGGGAACAAACACAGCUCCUUCCCAAGACAUUUGGGAAGGUUUGGUAAGUGGCAUGUAAUUUUAAACAACCAUGUUUCUAAUGAAAUUGCCAUAACUUCUACAAAAUACAGUACCUGCAAGACCAUGCUGUCAUCCAAUAUGCUUCCAUGGCACUAAUUAAAAAUGCUUUAGUGACACUCACCCCUUAACAUUGUGACACUACUUUACUCUUGAAUUAAUAUUUUGGGGCAGGGAGGGGAAGAAAAAAGCAAUGGUAAUAAAUCAGAAAUAAUUCCCAGUUGACUUUUAAAAAGUGAUUUUAAAUUCCAAGCUUGUGUUUACCUGGAACAUUAACAAUUUCAAUGCUCCAGUAAAACAAUGCUAGAGACCACGUUCAGACAAACUUCAGCCACUAUAAUUUUAAACAGCUGAGGGACAGUUUAAUGUACACUGGAAAAUUACGCAGCAAAUACAUUGUAUUGACCAUCUUUUCAGCCUUGUUUCUUUAAAGAAAAUUGUCUGUGUCAGCUGGCUUGAGUAUUCAUAUUCGCUGUAUUUUGCAUACCUGUCAGUGGAAACUUUUAUCAAACAGUUGAUAGUGUCUUCUGAUUAGUGUAGGCUCACCAGCUUCCCACGCAAUAGGUUCUUUACAGGAUGCAACAGUCUAAGGGAAAUUGCCCCACGACUUUCAAGAUAAAUACUCUAACCAAAACACAGAUGAGACACGUCUCUUCCUCUUUCAGCUACGAACCAGUUUUGGUUUUAUCUUUCUGACAUCUGACAUUCUCAUUUCUUUUAUUAGCACAAGAUUUUCUAAGUUAGGUAUGUCCAUAGAGAAAAUAAUUACAUUUUAAUUGCGUAGUAAGGUUGCUUAAUAUUUUGAGUGCUAGGGUGUGUACCCUCAACACACUUGGCUGAAACAUUGGUAACAGGCAUUGGCAAAAGUCUUGCAGAACAUGAGAAGGGAGGUCUUAUUUAUUCCAGGCUGGAUUAAGUCAUUAGGGUUAACAAGCCAAAAAUGCCAUGAGAGAAAAACAAACUGGUGGGAGAAAGACGUACCUUGUGAAAGACAAAACAACAAAAUACCAAAACUGUGGAUACUCAAAUAACUUUCAAUACUCAACCAACUUUCAAAUAACAUGGAUAUUCAUCUUUCAAAUAACUUUCUGAGGCUCCUUUUUGUACGAUGAUCUCUGUGGCAGAGAAAAGUUAAGACUCAUUGGAGUGGGAUGCAACGCUGAUUUUCUGCCAGUGCAGCUGAACAUGACUGGAGCCUCAUCUGCAUGCCUGGCUCUCAUGUUUUCAAAGAGAGCACAGAUCACAUCCGAGAGCCUGAGCUCAGCCUGCUGCUGCUGCAGCCUUCCCAUGGGCGACGUAUGAUGGUGAGAUGGUUCAGGGAGCCCACCCAGCAGACAGUGAUUCCUUGCUGGUUUAGUGUCACGUCUCUGUUGGAGAUGAGAUCACACCAUCCAGUCUGUUUUCUGCUGCUGCUGUUGCUGCUGCACAGUGCAAAAAAGAGCAAUGAGAACAAAAAUGAACCUGGACCCUGAUACUGGCCUGGUCACCCAGUACUCAGCCUCACAACCAGACACUUUCUAUGCACCUUCUUGGAAGUGCAAGCGUAAGAAGCAAUUGCAGUUAAAGAACAAGCCGUUACCUCCUCUACCUGCUGAGACCUUGGAAGACUACACAAAAAACCUCAGAGUUAUUGCACUGUAUGACUUUUUUGCUAGAGGGCCCUCGGAUUUACCGCUCAAGAAGUCAGAAGAAUACAUUAUCCUCGAACAGUAUGAUCCCCAUUGGUGGAAGGCGAGAGACCAGCAUGGGAAUGAAGGUCUAAUUCCCAGCAACUAUGUUAUUGAGAACAGGAAGAGCGAUUUAGAAACAUAUGAGUGGUACUGCAAAAACAUAAACAGAAGCCAGGCAGAACUUCUCUUACGCCAGAAGUCUAAAGAAGGUGCAUUUGUUGUCAGAGAUUCAAGCCAACAGGGACUUCUUACACUGUCCAUGUAUUCGCAGGCUAAAGGAACUCAUAGUGGAGACAUACGACAUUAUCAAAUUAAGAAAAACCACUUAGGACAAUAUUAUGUAGCAGAAAAAUAUCUCUUUUCAUCUGUUCCUGAACUCAUCGAGUAUCAUCAACACAACGCUGCAGGUCUUAUCACUCGUCUCCGACAUCCAGUUGGAUCAGCUGACUGUUCUUCACCAGCAAGAGCAGGAUUUAGUUAUGAGGAGUGGGAAUUAAACCCAUCUGAACUGACAUUCAUGAAAGAACUUGGGCGUGGGCAAUUCGGAGUCGUUCAGCUGGGUAAAUGGAAAGCAACCAUGAAGGUUGCCAUUAAAUCAAUUAAUGAAGGUGCAAUGUCUGAAGAUGAUUUCAUCGAGGAGGCCAAAGUGAUGAUGAAACUCUCCCACCCGAAGCUGGUCCAGCUUUACGGAGUGUGCACACACCACAAGCCUCUCUACGUCGUGACUGAAUUCAUGGAGAACGGCUGCCUGCUCAACUACCUUCGGCAAAGGCGAGGGAAGCUCAGCAGAGACGUGCUGCUGAGCAUGUGCCUGGAUGUGUGUGAAGGGAUGGAAUACUUGGAAAGAAAUGGCUUUAUUCACCGUGAUUUAGCUGCAAGAAACUGUUUAGUCAACGCAGAGCACAUCGUUAAAGUAUCUGACUUCGGCAUGGCGAGGUAUGUCAUUGAUGAUGAAUAUAUCAGCUCUUCAGGUGCCAAGUUCCCAGUCAAAUGGUCAUCUCCUGAAGUCUUUCAUUUCAAAAAAUAUAGCAGCAAAUCAGAUGUCUGGUCAUUUGGUGUACUGAUGUGGGAAGUUUUCACAGAAGGUAAAAUGCCUUUUGAAAGUAAAUCAAAUUCUGAAGUUGUCCGUGAGAUUUCUCAGGGUAACCGGCUUUAUCGACCACAUUUGGCAUCACAAACCGUGUACCAAGUCAUGUACAGCUGCUGGCACGAGAAACCUGAAGGACGUCCUACUUUUGCAGAGUUAAUAGAGACCCUCACAGAUGUAACAGAGAUGGGAUAACUGGCGAUUUUACAUUAAUGUAUUUACUGAAAGAUUAGCAUUAAGCAUGUCAAGAUAUGGAAAUCCUCAGCCUCUUACAGCAGUCUCUACUUAAACUGCAGUACCAGGAUCCUACGUAUUGAAGCAGCUUGUUCAGACUUUGCAUAAUUUUCACUCGUUUGAGAAAGAUACCACAGGAGACUGGUUCAGGACUCUCAAGGCUUUGUUUUCAUGAUUAGGAAGAAAAAUCUGUCUGGAAAGAAGUAACCAUGCUUUUAUUUAUCCUCUUUUUUUUUUUUUUUUUUUUUUUUUGGUCAGAGCUACACUAAUUUCUGUAACAGUAUUAUUAAAUUAUUUGGUACUUAGUAUGACUUAUGCACUGGGUAAUACUGAUUGGCAGCAGCAAAAAUUAAGGAAGAACCUCUGAUAAAGCUCUAGCUAGGUUAUGUCUAAAGUCAAGCCCUUUUGCUGCAAAAGCCUUCAGCACUGAGGAAAUGGAGCAGUGGUUUCUCUUGCCCAAACCUCUAACCCUGAAUUUUCCAGUGCUGUCUCUCAAUUCUUGCCUGCUGCUGCCUACUCAAACACCUGCACUUCCCUUAGUCCUCCCCUUGCAAGUGUCCAGAAUGGUUAAUCAACAAGUUAAAGCUGGAAUCUGAAAG